UUAUUAACCAUAAUAAUAAUAAAGUUGCCUCCAACAAUAAUCGGGUAUCGUUGUCACAACGGAGCCAGCUUUCGUUACUUUACACAAAUGAGUAAAUUUUUUUAAAAUUAUUUUAAAAGUGUUUAUUAAUUUAAUUAUAUUUUAUAAAUAUGUAUAAUAUGCAGCCUUGUAUAUAUUGUACAUGACCAAUAAAUAUAUUUAAUAGUUUAUCAACAUACUGUGUUGGAAAUUAAAAAAAAGAAAAAUGAAUACAACAAAUCCCGGAGAAGGAAGUGGAGAAAAGCGUUUGCCCGAAACAAGUGGCCAGAGUGUACCGCAUAAUUUAACGACAAUCCAAAAUGUCCAAGGCCUGCAGACAGUGCAAAAUAUUGUCCAGAGUACGGUUCCGACAAUUCAAUCAACUCAAAAUGUCGUUAAUACAAGUGCUGCAAUUGUCGGUAAAUCGAUAUCGCUCGAUUUAAAUCAAAAAUUAUCAUUAAUGAAAUCUGUUGUACAAACUGGAACACCAUCGACUAGUGAACCUGGAAAAAUAGCUCUGUGUCCUGUUGGCUCAACAGUACGAAUAAUUCCCUCUAUGGUUACUGUUGAUCGACAAGGCCAACCGCAAAUGCAGAUUCCAUCGUCUCAGCCUCCGCAAACAACUCAACAAGUUGUUACAAGUAUUCCUGCUACCUAUCAUGUACCUCGUGGACCAGCUGCUGUUGCUAAUAUUUCAGCGCCAAGAUCUACUGUUGCCACUCCAAUAGUGAGAGCCAGUACCGGUCAAUCAGUUGUUCCUAUAUCAAGAGUUGGAGUAACUGCGGCUGUAACAAAUACCCAGUGGCCAACAAAAGCACCAAUGGUGCAUACGCAACCUCAAAGACUUCCAGUACCACCAGUAAGUCGUGUAACAACGCGACCGCCUACUGCUGUAUACAGCGGACAACAACCUCGACUGGUUGCUCCAGCUCAAUCACGGCCGAUCCAAACAACUGUGGUAGCUAAUGUAUCUACAGGAGCUCCCUCAAGGCUGUUGACUCCGGUUUUACAAUCUAAUAGCGCAAUAACGCGGAUUCCCGUGGCACAGCCGCGAGCAACUGGAACCCAAAUUGUCAAUACAACGACAGCCGUCCAAGCGGCGAUACGUCAUCCGUCUCAACCAAUCCAGCUUAGUCAGCAGCAACAACAACUGUCUACUCGACCUAGUACCACUGGAGCUACCAACCGCGUUACGGUAGCAACGCCUGUAGGAACCGCCAGUAGAAUAACUAAUACGACCCCAGUAGCGAUACAGCCGACGAUCGGAAGACCGCCGAACCCAACAUCUGGCGUUACAGCCACGAGUUUUAAUCGUGUCGUAAUACCUUCUCAACAAGUACAGCAACCUGGACAGUCGCAUCCACCGGGUACGAGAGUCGUGCAGACGAUAACUUCUUUAGCGAAUAUCAGUACCGUGUCGCGGAUAAUCGCUGCGACAACGAAUCCAUCUAAUAUUGCAAGAGUUACCCCAUCGACGCCGACGUCGGUCCCAAGGAUAGCUAGCAUGACUCUCCAUCCGUUGCCUAUCACGACGACGCGGGGAAUUCCUGCACCUGUUAAGCCUCUAGUGCCGGGUCAAGCUAUCGCUCAAGCUGUUCAAAUAAAAACCACUGGACAACCAACAACUCUGAGAGUUGCGCCAGCAAAUGUUGUCACUACCUCUGCUAUCACAACUAUUACUACAGCAGCACCGAUUCCUACUGGCACGACACCGGCCUCGACUGCUACUAUCAUAAUUAAUAGUAACAAUAAUAGCAGUCAUAACUCACCAACUCCUGCAUCGCAAUCUUCACUCUACACUCAAUAUCGUCAAGCAUCAGUCCAGCCAGUUCGACUUAUCGUUGAACCCAGUAGUCAUGAAGAAAAUCAUGGGAAACCAAAUGCUUCCCCACGUCCGAGUAUACUCAGGAAACGUGACCACGAAAAUUCGCCUGCUAAAGGUGCUGCGAAGAAUUUAGUCCCAAUGCUGACGUCUCUACCUCUGAGCAUAGCACCGAAUUCAAGCCCCCCUAUGUCUCCGAGAAACGACAGAGAUGGAGGCUGUCAGAGCUCUGGAUCGACGACUGUAUCAGCCACCUCCUCACCGGGACUAGACGAAGAGCCUGAGCAAUCUCGGAUUCCGAUGAAUCAAACGAUGGAAAUGUCGCCCCGGAAAAAACCGCGCAAGCAGCAGCUAACUGGCGUCGAGCUCACUGAGCCUCGAUGCUCGGAAGAAGACAUGCAAUUUAUUACUGAAGAUAAAUUUAAACGGGAUACCAGAGAUGAUAUUAAGGAUAGAUUUGGUAUGGAUAAAAAGCAAAGUUUAAAUUCUCAGCAAGAUAGAAGUGCUACGACGCCGACUGUCAUCAGGAAAGCACGACCUACUCCAAGUUUAAUUGAUCCAUCGUGGAAAAAUCGACAUAAUUGUAGACUUAAUCAUUACCGAAGACCCAGUGAUGUGAGGCCUCGUGAAGAAAGACGACCAACUGUUGCAGAAAUAGCCCAACAAAAAUACGUACUACAAAGACUGCAUGGUUGGAAAAUUUAUCAGUUGACCGCUCAGAUGGAAGAUUUAGCAGAGCUUGAAAAGCAGGUCCAUGAUAAAUUAAAAACAACGCUCUGUAUGCUGGAAUCUCAACAGCCAAAGCCCAGGCAAGAUGACGACUUGGAGCGCGUUAAUGAAUUAAUAAAAGGAAAUAUGCAGCGCAGUAGUUUAAUAAGCGAGGGUAUGACUGAAGCCAGGACACAGCUAGUCGCUAUUUUUGAGCACAAGAGCCCAGUUAACGACAUUCUCCAGCGCUUUGGUAAUAAAAGAGCCCAGAAGAAACGGGAAAAAUAAAAUAAAUACAAUAAUUUAUCUGUUGUUGAUGCAGCAGUUUAGUAUAAAUCAAAUUAUAACUGUAAAAAAAAUAAGUACUAUAUUAACAAAAUUUUAAAAUAUCAAACAUUUUUCUAAUUUGUCAAAAAAAUAUAUGUUAUCUAAAAUUAAUAAAUGAUUUAAGAUUUUUUUAAAUAUUAAU